AUGGCGGUGGCAGCGGCGACGAGUUUCCCGCGUGGCAAGAAGCCCAAGGCUUCGGGCCAGAAGGUGGCCGCGCCGUCCGCGGGCGCGCCGGGCGAGGCGCUGUUCGGCAAGCGCGGACUGGCGGCGGUGGCCGCGGCGGCCGAGGAGCAGCCCAAGAAGAAGGCCAAGAAAGCGGCCAAGGCGGCCGUGCCCAAGGCCGGCAAGGACGAGCCCAAGGCCGCCAAGGCCGCCCUGCUCAGCUUCAAGACGCUGCGCAAGGGCAUGCUGCUGCUGGGCUGCGUGCGCCAGGUCACGGACGGCCAGGACCUGAUGAUCAGCCUGCCCAACAAGCUCAACGGCACGGUGGCGCUGGCCGAGUGCUCGGACGACAGCAUCUUCAAGGUGGGCCAGUUCGUGCCCUGCGUGGUGCUGGCCACGUCCAAGACCGACAAGCGCAAGCAGAUCCAGCUGUCGCUGCGCACCUCGCUGCUGCACGCGGAACUGAGCGUGGCCAGCCUGACCAAGGGCGCGUCGCUGCACGCCACGGUCUCGUCCGUGGAGGACCACGGCGCCAUCGUGAACCUGGGCAUCCGCGGCGUGCACGCCUUCGUGCCCCGCAAGGAGCUCGCGGCGCCCGUGCUCAAGGGCCAGCACCUGCUGGUCAGCGUGCUGUCCAUGAACGCGCACACCAACACGGCCACCGUGACCAUCGACCGCAGCACGGUCGUCAAGGCCGUCACGCGCGGCGACUCGUUCACGCUCAAGCAGCUCGUGCCCGGCAUGCUGCUCAACGUCCGCGUCGAGGACGUGCUGGAGAACGGCCUGAGCGUCACGUUCCUCACCUUCUUCACAGCCACGGUCGAGCAGAACCACAUGAGUCUGCCCUGCGAGCGCGGCUGGGAGGAGUCCUUCCGCAAGGGCAUGAAGGCCCGCGCGCGUAUCAUGAGCAUCGACUACAUCGCCAAGCAGAUCACGCUGUCCAUUGCCCCGCACGUCGUGCACAUGCAGGUGCCCGACUCGCCCUACUCGGUGGGCGACAUUAUUGAGGAGGCCACCAUCGAGCGCAUCGACGCCGGCGUGGGCAUGCUGCUGUCGCUCAAGAGCAAGACCAGCCAGGACGAGGACGUCGAGAUGGAGGACGCCAGCGAGAAGAAGGAGUCCACCACGAACGCCAAGUGGAAGGCCUUCGCGCCUGGAUACGUGCACAUCUCGAACGUGUCGGACAAGCGCGUGGACAAGCUGGAGAAGAAGUACACGGUGGGCUCGAGCAUCAAGUGCCGCGUGCUCGGCUUCUCGCCGUUCGACGCCGUCGUGAACAUUAGCUGCAAGGAGAGCGCGCUUUCGCAGACCGUGCUGCGCCACAAGGAUCUGGCACCCGGCACCAAGGUGAGCGGCAUAAUCCUGUCGGUCGAGUCGUGGGGCAUUUUGAUGGAGAUCAGCGAGGGCGUGCGUGGCCUGGUGAACCCGCAGCACAUGCCGGCCUUCCUGCUGAACAAGAAGGCGAACAACAACGGCAAGUACAAGGUGGGCAAGGUCGCGAGCGCGCGUGUGCUACACGUCGACCUGGAGGCCAAGAAGACGUUCUUGACCAUGAAGUCGGGCCUGCUUGCGUCGGAGCUGCCCGUCCUGAGCUCCUUCGAGGAAGCGAAGAUGGACCUCAUCGCGCACGGUUACAUCACGAAGAUUGCCGAGUACGGUGUGAUCGUCACUUUCUACAACAACGUGUACGGCCUGGUGCCCAUGGCCGUGCUCCAGCAGGCUGGCAUCGAGAACCUGGAGGAGGCUUACGUGAUCGGCCAGGUGGUGAAGGCGCGCGUGACGCGUUGUGACCCGAGCAAGAAGCGUUUGAUGCUGUCGUUCGACACGACGUCGAACAAGUCUGGUAAUGCGCCGACUGCCGCUCCGGAGACUGCCGCGGAGCUUGUGGGAAAGACUAUCACCAAUGUCAAGAUUACGGACGUGGAGGCCACGUGCUUCCGCGUGCAGACUGCGGAUGGCAUGGAGGGCGUGCUCCCGUUCGUGCAGCUGACGGACUUCCCGCGCCAAACUUCGCUGGUGGAUGAAAUCGUCAAGGGUUUCAGCGCUGGGGACAUGAUCUCGGAGCCUCUGCUCGUUGUCGCUCAGGAGUCCGAUGGCGUGUUGACGCUCUCGAAGAAGCCGCUGCUGCUUGAGUUUGCCUCGCGCAGUGCCAUUCUGCCCCGUACUUUCGGAGACGUUCAGGAGAACGCCGUUCUUAUUGGUUACGUGACGUCUGUGAACGUGGCCAAGGGUGUCUUCGUUAAGUUUCUGAACAACCUUGUGGCGGUGGCCCCUAAGGGCUUCUUGAAGGAGGAGUUUGUCUCGGAGAUCGAAGAGGGUAUGUUCGAGAUUGGCGAGACUGUGACGUGCUCUGUUGAGAGCGUGGACAAGGCGAAGAAGCAGUUUGUUGUUGGCUUCAAGCAGGGCAACUUCGUGCAGGUUACCAACGCCACCAACAAGGCGCGCCUUGCCUAUUUCCAGGCUUACCUUCGCGAGCAAGCCGCGGUGCGCAGUGCUGCUGCUGCAAAGAAGGCCUCGUUUGCUCUGGGCAAGACGGAGAAGGCUGAGUUCGUCGGCGUCCGCCCGUACGGUGCUGUCUUCGCUCUUGAGAAGGACGAGGAGACUGUCACGGUGCUGGUGCCUUCGGUGACGGAGAAGAACAACGAGUGGGACGAAGGCGACAGCGUUAAGCUGCUGCUGACGGACUACGACUUCAGCAAGAACGUCUACUACGCUGCUGCUGAUGAGUCGCUGGUGAAGAGCGGCUCGAAGCGCUCGCGCAAGCAGAAGCAGCGCGUGAAGGCUGGCGGAAAGAUCGAGGCUGCUAAGGUGGUGGCCGUGAGCCCCACGGAGAAGUACGCGGUGGUGUCGUUCCCUGACGCUCAGAACGCCGACUUGCUUCACUUCGGCGUUGUUGAGCUGUGCGACUUCUGGUGCCCGUCGCAGACCAGCGGCCAACUCGGAAUCGAGGUCGGUGCCUCUGUGGAGUGCCGCGUGGUGCAGUCUACACUCAAGAGCGGCUCCAACUCGACGCCGUUUGAUGACCUUGUGCUGUUGGCGCUCGCCGAGGAGAAGCUGGUGUCUAAGGCCAAAAAGGAUACGCGUAAAUCGGCGUCGAAGCUGCCCAAGUACUCGCCGAACGAUCUCACGCUUGGCAACACGCUGACCGGUGUCAUCGCUGGCAUUUCGGAGAACUCGAUGGAGAUCCGAGUGGAGACCGGCAAGAAGGUGGGAAAGGUUCGCGCGACGGUCUCGAUUGUCGAUGUCGAUGGAAUUGACGAGAAAUAUGGCCACGCGCACCCGUUCGACAAGUACUCGGUCAACGCCGCUGUUACCGGCCGUGUAAUUGCUGUCACUGCGAAGGGAGCCAACAAGCUCAAGCCCGUCAGCAAAGAGAACCCGGCCACGUUCCACGCCAUUCAACUAUCGCUGCGCACUGAGGACGUGGCUGGCGAUGAGAAGGUGACUGACGUUCAGCGAUUCGUCCGCCCCGACUGGCUGGAGGGCAGCGCGGGCCGUGCUCUUCUGAAGGAAGGCAACUCGGUGGAUGGUAUCGUCUCGGACCAGGGUGCGGACCAGCUGACUAUCAAGCUCAGCAGCAACGUUACUGGCACGCUGAGCUGCGUGGAAGUGUCGGAGGACGUGGAGGUGGUGCGCGCGUUCCAGGACAAGUUCCCUGUGGGCAAGCGCGUGAAGUGCUUCGUGCUGCAGGUUGACGAUGAGAAGAAGACGGUUGACUUGUCGCUGAUUCACUCGUCGUCGGCUCAGGACAAGGCCGUGGUGAAGCCCGGAAGCAUCAUCAACGGUGUGAUCUCCAAAAAGAAAUCGGCAAUUCGCCCGCCUUCCAUCAUGGUGCAGCUGGGUGCCCACACUUUCGGACGUGUGUGCGUCACCGAGCUCCUGGCCAAGUGGGAGAACAACAUGCUGGAGCUGCCCCAGUUCGCUGCCGGCAAGGUGGUGCGCUGUGUGGUGCUCUCGAACAACAACAACCACAUCGACCUGUCCCUGCGUAAGGAUGCCCUGGCCAACCCGAAGGAGUACGCGAAGAAGACGUCCAAGCCGGCUGAGCGUGGCGUCGGUGACUUGGUGCCUGCGGUGGUGGCGUCGACUUCUACGACCGGUUGCUUCGUGCGCGUGGACCGCCACACGACGGCGCGUGUCAUGCUUCGUGACCUAAGCGAUGACUUCGUGAAGGACCCGCAGGAGCACUUUCCUACCGGCAAGCUGGUGGCUGGCCGUGUGACGAAGAAGUCCGACCGCGGCCUGGAGCUGAGCCUCAAGGCGUCUGUCGUCUCGGAGGAUGUGUCGGUGUUCAAGUGGAACGACCUGAAGGAGGGUCUGACGGUCAAGGGCACGGUCACGAAGGUGCAGACGUACGGCGUGUUCGUUCGCAUCGAGAAGAGCACGAUCAGUGGCCUGUGCCACAUCUCCGAGGUUGCCGACGAGAAGGUCACGCAGCCGCUGGACCAGAUCUUUUCGGAGGGCGACUACGUCAAGGCCAAGGUGCUCAAGGUCGACGGCCGCCGCGUGUCGUUCGGCCUGAAGCCCUCGUACUUCGAGGGAGAAACUCCUGCCAAGAAGCCCGCGGCCAAGAAGGUCGCCAAGCCCGUGGCCAUGGAGAUUGACCUUGGUGACGACGAGUCUUCUUCGGAAGACGAGGACGCGAGCGGCGCUGCCCCUGUUGAGUUCAGCUGGGACGGCUUCUCGAACGCGCUCAACAAGAAGACGGAGGCCAAGGACGACGACGAAUCUUCGUCUGAAGACGAGGAUGACGAGGAGGAGGAGGCCGCCAAGUCGUCCAAGUCAAAGAAGAACCGUCUACAGAGCGACGAGUGGGUGGCGCUGCGCGAGAAGGCUCUUGCCAGCAGCGACGAGGUCCCGCAAAGCGCGAGCGACUACGAGCGCCUGCUGGCCGUGUCGCCGCAGAGCUCGUACCUGUGGAUCCAGUACAUGGCCUUCCACAUCUCGUUGACGGAGGUGGAUCUGGCCCGCGAUGUUGCCGUCCGUGCCACGUCGGCGGUGUCGUUCCGUGACGAGAAGGAGAAGCUCAACGUGUGGGUGGCCUAUAUGAACCUGGAGCACGACUUCGGUGACGACGCGAGUUUCCUGCGCGUCUUCAAGAGCGCACUGCAGGUGAACCACCCGAAGCGCGUGUACCUGCACUUGGUGGACCUCUACGCGCGCGCCGACGAGCACGAGGACGUGAAGCAGACGCUGGCCACGAUGCAGAAGAAGUUCCGCACCAGCAAGCAGACGUGGAUCCGCUCGCUCCAGUACUUGGUGGGCGAGAAGUUGUUUGCUGAGGCCGCUGAGACCCUGCAGCGAAGUCUCAAGAGCCUGUCGGCCCACAAGCACCUGCCUGUGAUCCUCAAGUACGGCCAGCUCCUGUACGAGCAGGGCGAGCUGGACAAAGCCCGCACCAUCUUCGAGGGCAUCCUGGCCAACUACCCGAAGCGCAUGGACCUGUGGAAUGUGUACCUGGACAAGGAGAUCAAGUUCGGCGACGUCGCACUCGUGCGCGCGCUGUUCGAGCGCCUGCUGGCCAUGGACUUCUCGGCCAAGAAGAUGAAGUUCCUCUUCAAGAAGUACAUGCAGUUCGAGCAGGACCAGGGCGAUGACGAGCACGUGGAGCACGUCAAGCAGUUGGCCAAGGACUUCGUCGCUAGCGCUGCGGCCAAGUAG